CGAUUCUUCCCAUUCAAAAUUGAAUUGAGAGAUUGCCGGGUCGGAUUGACGACAUCAAAUACUUUUCUUUCAUUUCAUUUCAUUCAAAAUUGAUUUGAUUGGUUUGCACGUCGCUGAAACGUUCACAAGCACACGCCAACAUUUCCAAAUUAUUUCCAGCAAUGCAAUCAAGAAGAAAUAUACACGAUUAGGUUGUUGUUGAUCAAAUGCGUGGGAAAAUCGUUUAUUUCAUCCGGAUCCCACAAGCUGAAAGGGCUGGAUAGGGCGGACACUCCAUCAUUUGCGAUAAUUGAUCUUCUUUCCUAGAGACCAGGAUUGGGGUGUCCAUUCUGCUGAAUUGUCCUGGCUUGAACCUGGCUUCAUCCUCUAUGUAUCGUCCCUUUGCACUCUGGAGAAUUGAUCUAUGAUGACCAAUUUUGUAAGCCAAGCAACUUCACCAGAAGACCAACAGUCACUUGACAAUAUGGAAGAUGGUGGUCUGGUAUUUUCUGUGGAUGAUGCACUCUUGGCUUCAGGCUUUGGGAAGUAUCAAUGGUUUUUGUUGUUCUAUGCUGGGAUGGGCUGGAUUGCAGAAGCAAUGGAGAUGAUGUUACUUUCAUUUGUGGGACCGGCAGUUCAUUCUGAGUGGGGAUUGACCCCUGGUCAAGAAAGCAUGAUCACCAGUGUAGUAUUUGUUGGGAUGAUGGUGGGAGCAGCCUUGUGGGGUAUCCUUUCAGAUUUAAAAGGGAGAAAGUAUGGAUUUUUUGUCACUUCAGUGAUCACUUUUGUUGCUGGGUUCUUGAGUGCAUUUUCACCAAAUUAUCUUGCUUUGGUUUGUACCCGUUGCUUUGUUGGCAUUGGGUUAGGAGGUGGUCCUGUGCUUUCCUCAUGGUUUUUAGAGUUUAUCCCAUCUGCCAACAGAGGAUUCUGGAUGGUCGUGUUUCAAGUAUUUUGGACUAUUGGGACAAUAAUAGAAGCUUCCUUAGCAUGGAUAGUGAUGCCAAAGUUGGGUUGGAGAUUGCUACUUGGAUUAUCUUCAGGACCUUCGUUUGUUUUGCUGUUUUUCUAUGGUAUAGUACCAGAAUCUCCAAGAUAUCUUGCAAUGAAGGGAAGAACUAAAGAUGCUCUUCAUAUCUUGGAAAAUAUUGCCCUUAUGAAUAAAAAGCAUCUUCCAGCUGGGAGAUUUGUCAGUCAGCUAAACACUGAGCUCAAUGAAAUAGAUAAUAUUGAUCCGUUAAAAAUAGAAGAAGUUCAUCUAAUGAAUGAAAUAAAGCAGUCAAAUAAAAACCUCAUGAACAGAGAAAAUGAAAACGGAGUUCUUUCAUCAUUAUAUGGUCUCUUUUCACCAAAUUUUAUCAAAUCGACUCUUCUUCUAUGGUCAGUAUUCUUUGCAAAUGCCUUCACCUACUAUGGACUUGUCUUGCUCACUUCUGAAUUGAGUGGUGAAGGGGGGAAUUGUGGACAAAAGGAGUCAUUGUUGGUUACUUCCACUGACAAUAGUCUUUACAGAGAUGUUUUCAUUUCAAGUUUUGGAGAGUUUCCUGGGCUUGUAUUGUCGGCAAUUGUUGUAGACUAUAUUGGUCGCAAAUGGUCAAUGGCUGCAAUGUUCUUCUCCUGUUCUGUCUUUCUUCUUCCACUAAUAUUUCCUCAACACGAGGCUAUCACAACUCUUCUUCUCUUUGGAGCUCGUCUAUGUAUCACAGGAACAUUUACAAUUGUCUACAUUUAUGCUCCCGAGGUCAGUUGA